AUGUCCUACUUCCGGAGCUCGACGACGACGCUCACGACGGAGAUUGGCUGGGUGUACAUCCUGCCGCCGUACCAGCGCACGCACGUCGCGACCAACGCCGCCGGGCUGCUCGUGCGGUACGCCCUCGACAGGCCCGAGGACGGCGGCCUCGGGCUUGUGAGGGUGCAGUGGCGGGCGCACGCGCGCAAUGCGGGCUCCAUCAAGCUGGCGCACCGGCUGGGGUUCAAGGACGAGGGCAUCACGCGGUGGCACAUGCUUUUCAAGAACGGCGUCGCGCGGGGCAAGACUGGCAACGGUCGGGGGCUGCCGCCGGGCGGCGAUCCGGAGGACUUGUGGAGGGACACGGCCACGCUGAGCGUCUGUUGGGAUGAUUGGGUCGAGGGGGGCAAAGAGCUGGUGCAGGCGGCCAUGGACCGAAAGCAGUAG